AUGGCUGAGCUGGAGGCCUUGAUGCGGAAGGCCGAGGAACAGGUCCAGCGGGCGGUACGUGCCGAAGUGAUGGAAGGCAACAUCAGCAAGGCCAUCACCCUGUAUGCGCUAGCCGGUGGAAUCUAUCUGGACGCACUACGAGAGCUCAUCUGCGAAAUUGUGGCCCUCUUCAAGGAUGACAAGAAAAAAUACCUGCUGUUCACGAAUUCCCGCAAGCUUCAGACCCUCCGGCAGUAUCAUGGGUUCAUCGAAGCAGUUGAUGGCCAUACGAUGCUGCGCCCUUGGACAAUUGACAGCGUACAAAAAGGCACUGUUGCAGCUGGUCCUGAGUCUUGUCCCUCGUUCCGCAGCGUGGUCAAAGUCGUCGUUGAGAGGCCGCCAAGGCGGCUCCGGAGUAGUUCAAGUGGUUGCGGCUUCGAGGUGCGAGCUCGCUGUACCAGCUGCAUGGGCCGGCUGCGUGAGCUCAAGAACUACGCGACGCCUCGGCGCCGUCGUUUUGCUGCUGUGGAAGCUGCUGCAGAGGGCUCUCCUCUCAAGCCGGAAGAAUCCGAUUCCGGAUCGGAUGACGAUGACGAUGAUGCUGGCCUAGUCACCGGAGCCAAUUCUGAGAUGAUCUGUCACUUGGAGGGCGUGCUCGUGCUCGGCAAGUCAUCUUUCGGGCCCUGCAGUGACACCGGGCUGGUCGAGCUUGUCCCCAAGGUGCUACGUUUAGCAGGUCUCGUGGCCACCCGUUCAGAGCACCGUUCCCGGUCGCCCGAGCGACGUCCUGUUCGCAAGGUGCUUCUGUACGGGCCUUCUGUGACCGGCAAGACAUGCUUGGCUAGCACCAUCGUAGCACGACAUAGCAACGCCACAGUAUACUACGUCUCCAUGCCCAUGUUGCUCAACAGGCAAGUCGAAUUAGUCAUGAGCUCCAGUUGCGUAAUUACUGUAGUGUCUUCAGAUCACCUGCGACCCAGAGAAGACAAAGAGAGGGUCAAGUUGCAGCAGCAGCAGUCAUUGCAGCAGCAGCAGUCACGGCGGAAUGUGCACGCUCUGAAUCGGCUCACUCUGUAUUUCCAGGCGCCCGAAGUUCCUUGCUUGGCAGGCACUACUGCUGAGUAUCGCCCUGGGCUGCUGUUCAGUCUGAACUGGUAUGACUACUUCUUCUUUGGCAACAUUGCUGAGCGCCUGCGGGCUCUAAAGUGCGCGUGGCUCGAGCGCGUGUCCCGGCUGCCGACCAAGGUGGGCCCCGUGCUCGUGAUGGGCGUCAUCAACAACCCGUGGCUCCUGGACGACGAUGUGCGGUCGCAGUUCGAACGCAUCUUGUUUUCGCCGUUGCCGCAAGAGGCCGACAGGCUGCGCCUGCUCAAGCAGCUUGUGCGUAGUCCUGCCCUCACCGACGAGGACUACAGGCACCUGGCGAAGCGCACCGAAGGAUUCACGAGCACCUUCCUGGCCAUGUUGGCAGCGGAUGCGCAGCGCAACGCACGUGCCGUGUGCGAGCGCGUUUACGACCGGGCUGUGGACCCGUCGGGAGCGCUGAAGGUGACACUGAGUGACAUUCUCACUGCCAUGGAGAAGGUCGAGCUUCCCGAGUCUGUGAGCCGCCGGAGCAGCGUCACCAGCUCGAAAACAGAGUCCACCACCACCGCGCUGCCAUAG